UGCUCCUCCUGCUCCUGCUCCUCGGGCUGGGCGGCCUGUCGUGGCUGCGGCAGCGGCUCCGGGCCGAGGUCGGUGCCGACGUGGGGGCCGUGCGGGAGGCGCUGGGGAGCCUGGAUGAGGCCAUGGUGGUGGCGCGGACCCAGCAGCAGCAGCUGCAGCAGGAUUUGGCCUCCCUGCGCAGCUCCCUGGCGGAGCUGCUGCGGCCCUGUCCGCGGGGCUGGGCCGCCUUCGGGGGCAGCUGCUACUUCUUCUCGGCGACGGGGCGGCGGUGGCGCGAGGCCGAAGGCUUCUGCGCGGCGCGGGGCGCCCACCUCCUCAUCGUCGACUCCGCCGCCGAGCAGGACUUCGUGGUGCGGACGGCGCCGCAGCCCCGCGGCUACUGGCUGGGCCUCAGCGACCGCGAGAAGGAGGGGAGCUGGCACUGGCAGGAUGGGACCCCCCUGGGGCUCAGCUUCUGGAGCUCGGGGGAGCCCAACGGCGGGCGGGCGGAGAACUGCGGCACGUUGCUGCCCGACGGCCGCUGGAACGACCUGGCCUGCGACCGCCCCGACUACUGGGUCUGCGAGCGCCCCGCCGGGCCCUAGGGGUGGCCCCCCGGG